CUUUCCUAGACCUUUCCUGGAGCCUUCCUGUAGGCCGCCGUCGUGGCCGAGGGGACACUCCUCGCGCUCGGCGAGGCGGUGGUCUGGGUCGGCCUCACUAAAUAAUGACUCCCUUAGGCGUAAGUCUUGAAUUAGGCGAGGCGGUGGUCUGGGUCGGCCUCACUAAAUAAUGACUCCCUUAGGCGUAAGUCUUGAAUUAGGCGAGGCGGUGGUCUGGGUCGAUGACUUCCUUAGGCGUAAGUCUUGAAUUAGGCGAGGCGGUGGUCUGGGUCGGCCUCUUCCUCGCCUGCUUCCGCGACGGUCGCGAGAAGCAGAGGCGCGCGCGCGAGCUGGGGAGGGAGGGAGGGGAGGGGAGGGAGGGGGAGCGCCGGGCGGGAGGAGCCUCUCGGCGCCACUGCAGCGCGAGCUGCUCGAGGCGAGACGAGACGCCUUUGAGCAAGACCAGAGGUAGGUCGGCGCUCGUGAGAGAGCAGCAACGGGAGGUGAUCGCGCUGCAAAAGCAGCUCGCGCUGCUCGGUUGCACGCCGCCCGCCGCCAGCGCCGCCAGCGCCGUCGCCGCCAACUCGCCCGCCUCGGCACCCGAAGGGUAUAACACUUCUCCGCCCGGCGCCGGGGAAGGGGGUGGGGAAGGGGCGAGCAGCCACCACCGCCCGAGCGCAUCGACGCCCUUCCUCGUCUGAUUGCGGCGCCCGGUCUCUCACGCUGCCGCCGCAAGUGGCCCCGGGUUGCGACUGUCUCUUGUCCUUUGUCGGAGUGUGUGUUCGGAUUGAUGUGCCGUGAUCUCUGAGUUCUGUGGGCCCUGGGGAGCGGCGAGGGGCGAACCCAGGACACAGAGCGAAAGUGUGUGGUGCCCGUGUCUCGUGAUCGAUUAUCUUUAUGUGCAAUGUAAGCGACGAGAAUGCCAUGCUCGUG